CCCUCCGCCAUUAUCCUGUAGCUAUCUGGACAAUGCUUAAACCAGCAGGCCCAAUGUUUGGAGACAAAAGGAAGAGGCGGGUUGGAAUUGUGGGCUAUGGACAUCUAGGCCAGUAUCUGACAGAACGAAUUCAAGAUGAAGGCUUCCAACAUGGUUUGGAAUUGGCUUUUGUUUGGAAUCGGGAUGCCAGUAAGAUGGAGGGCACUGUACCAGUGGGGCUGAGGUUGGAGAAGUUGACAGAUUUUUCACAAUGCCAUCCAGAUGUCAUUGUUGAAGUGGCACAUCCCUGCAUUGUCCAGGAUUACGGGGACUUCUUCCUUAAAGCUGCAGAUUUUAUGGUCGGGUCACCAACAGCCCUAGCAGAUGUGAACACUGAUCUUAGAUUACGUGAAUUGGCGAAAAGGACGGGUCACACUCUCUACAUCCCCAGUGGGGCUCUAUGGGGUGGUCAAGACAUUCAAAAGUUGGAUGAUGCAGGGAUGCUCCAGGCAUUAACAGUCACCAUGACUAAACACCCGGAGAGCUUCCGGUUGGGUGGGUCUCUUGGGGAGCUUGCAAAGGGAGCCCAUGAGGAAAGAAAGGUGCUGUACAAUGGCCCUGUGCGGAGUCUAUGUCCUCUGGCCCCUAACAAUGUCAACACAAUGGCAGCAGCUUGCAUUGCUGCUCCAAGUCUGGGCUUUGAUGGUGUGAAAGGUUGCCUUGUAGCAGAUCCCAACCUUCCCAACUAUCAUAUGGUGAUGAUUGAAGCAACAGGCCCAGGGGGCUUUUCAGUCAGCACCAGUCGCAAGAACCCAGCUGCUUGUGGGGCUGUCACGGGGUCAGCCACCUUUGCUACUUUCUGGAGCAGCCUAUUGGCAUGCCAAGGGCAUGGAGGCCGAGUCUACCUAUGCUGAGUUUAUGAGAUUUCUUCCUAAGAGGAUUUACAGAAGAUAUCUGGAAGUAAUUACAAUGGAAUGGGAAGACCAAGAAAGGUAGCAGCAUCUCAUUAAAGGAAGCAGAAGAAAUCUACUCAUACAUCUUGGAUGGUUUCAGUUUGUCAGUCAAAUAAAUCAACUUUCUCCAGUCUGAACACCUUGCAAGUGUGCAGACCCCUUUAACCAGCAGAAUGAUUGCUGAGAAUUUUGAGAGUAGAGGUCCACAGAACUGAAGCAGUGCUGAAAAUGAGGGAAGUUGCGAUGGUGGGAUUUAUUUACCUUCCCUACCGGUUUGCAAAUGUGAGUGCACACGCCACCUUCUGCACAUGUAUAGAAGGUUGUGCAUUAUGUUGGGGCAGGUGGGCAGAGUCUCUCACAGCUGUGGCUACCGGUUCACCCGAAGCAGAGCAGACCAGUGAAUACCACCUCUGAGAAGCUAAUAAAAUAACUCAUAAGCUUUUGUCUUUUUCCUCAAAAUCAGUAUUUCCCAAUAUGGCAUCUUCCAGAUGUGUUGGGAGUACAUCUCUUAUCAUUCCUGCUCAACAUAGUAGCUGAUUGGGUGCAUUGUUGGGGACUGUAGUCCAAUAUCUCUAGUGAACUUGGAUAAGUUCACUAGAGAAUACUCUCCUAAAUAUGGCUUUUGCUUUCCAAGCUGACAAUGGUUUUGAUUCUAUCAUCCUUCUGGGUUCCUUACAUUGUCUACAAAAAUAAAGCCAGUUUGGUUGAGUGGGUAAGCCACUAGGCAAGAAACCGGAAGACCCUCAGUUCGAGAGAGGUUUUAUGCAUGACAGUGACUUUGGGUUAGUCACUUUCUCUCAGCCCAACCCACCUCACAGGUUUGUUGUUGCAGGGAUAAUAGGAGGAGAAAGUAGUAUUGUGUGUGCCAGCUGCCUUGAGUGAUUUAUAAAAAAUAAUAAAUGUGACAUGGGGAUAAACUGAUUCAAAUGAGACAAAGUUCAGUUGCUGGAAUUCUUGCCAUCCUAUCUCAUUCUUUGCAAUAAAUCUUGUUAAAGAGGCACGGUGACAAUUGUGCUUAGGAAUAUCAUUUUUGCUUUUAGCUGGAUGCUUAAAGAUCUGACAGUAUGUUAUUUGAGAGCAGGUUGCAUUAUUCUUAUCAGAGGGAUGUCUCAAGGGAGCUGCUCCUGAAAUUCUGAGCGUUUUAGAACAGAGCAGAACUACAAGUCCUGAAAUCCAAGGGCCCCCAUGUGGCCUUACAAAGCUAUGAAUGCCUCCCAAAGUUGUUACCAAAUUGUCAUAUUUAAUAUAAUAGGUGGAAGAAAUAUAAAACUCACGAGUAACAGAUAAUCUAAUCUAUUAUAUUUGAGUUUAGUUUAUAAUAAAAUUUUAUUCAUUACUAUACUUCCAGGGUGAAAAGAUCACCCAGUAACUCGCUGUUGCCUGAGGAGACACCCAGCAGGGAGCACUUUUCAUGUCCCUUUAAUGAGCUUUAAUGGUACCUAUUUAUACUCAUGUUUUUAUGCUUUUGAACUGCUAGGUGGGUAGGAGCUGGAGCAAAUGACGGGAGUUUAUCCAGUCACACAAUAGCACUUGGGUUUCAAAUGUGAGUUGCAAAUUUUCAACCCAGCAUCGUAAUCACAUGAGACACCACUCUCCUUAUUCAUUAGUAUAGAAAGUUAAUUCAAAUGUAAUUCUUAUCCUGAUCCUAUUCACUACUUCAAGAUGCAUACCAAUGAUAGGCCCAAAUGCAGCUCUCAGAUUUAGGAAAGGACAUCCUGGUUAGAGAGGUGGGGAAUGACACUUGGUGAUACUUAACUGCAACACGAGAAGGUCAGCCAGUCUCAUAGUGAAUGCAUGAUGCCAGUUAAGAGAAGCACAAACAACAAAAAUUACUUAUUGGCUAAGGCUACAAAAACCAGGUUUAGGCCUGAAAGCUGGCUGAGUGACUUUGUACCAGUCCCUUUCUCUCAGCCCAACACACUUUACAGGGGGACAAUAGGAGAUUACUAGACAUGUUCACCAUCUUAAGUCAUUUAUAAAAAUAAUAAUGGCGGAAAACUGUUUUUUUUAAAUCUAUUUUCCCAAAUAUUUAUAUCCUUACACAGAAAAACUCCUUUGUAUUCUUUUCUUAACUUAUACAUUUAAAUGGAAUAGAGUCAUUAUUUAUUAAAUUCCAUUUGAUUCUAUUUUUUUAAUUUAACAUAAUUAGUAUUUAACUUGAAGCUGUCAUUCAGCUGAAUAAUUUUUAUAAGGAAAUCUGCCAUUAUGAGCUUCUUUGUUCCAUCAAUCCUAGGUGUGACUUGAAAUAUACAGGACAUAAUUAGUACCCAACUUAAGCAAUUUCACAGUCUUUAGGGCAGCAACUUUAUUAAGUCAACCUGAAGGUCCUAAUAGCUAAAAUUUGGAGAGCUUUAGAUCUCCUAAAUUAGCUAUUACAUAGUGAUAAUGGUCAUUUAAUGUUAUUAUAGGACUCAGAAUAACACUGCUUGAUGAAGAAAUUAAAACACUUUGCUGUCUAUUAAGUUAUGAGACAUCCCACUUAUUUCAAACAUCAAAGGAGAAAAAUAGCUAGAGGAUGUCUGAAAAGAUUGUUCCGUGCUACCCAAUAUCCUUAAGAGAGUGUGUAUAUGUAUGUGUCUGUCUGUCUGUGUGUCUGUCUGUCUGUCUGUCUGUCUAUCUAUUGCAACAUUACUUCAUGUUUCAAAGCAGGUCCCACCAAUUUAGCAUCCUUCAUCUAUGCUGUGGUUGCAAAUUCCAAAAUUCAAAAUGUGAAAAUUUAAGCAGGUGCUACUGCUCAGCUGACCUUGACUAAGCUCAGAAAUUUUAGACUGGACUGAGAUGCUGAAAAGCACCCUAGAAAGCAGUGGGAAUAAAAUACUACUACGGUGUUGCCAAAAAUGCACUGGCCAUAUCCAGAUCUUUCUCGGUUUCAAAAGGGAUAUUUAUGUACAGAAUUUGUGGAAACUGUUGUAAAGAAUGAGUGCCUUUUCAGCAUUUUAGCUUCAGAGGAGAUUUUUUAUCUAUUUAACGAAACUUUUAAAGAAUGAAUGCCUUUUCAGCAUUUUACAGCAUUGUAUGAAAUUAAGACAAAGGUAGCAACUCUUUUGGAUAGAUAGGUGUAGUUAGAAUUUUGUCAGCAUGUCAUAAAUACAGACAAAAUGGCUGAUGGAAGCUCAUUUAUUCAUAAAAUGGCUGCCACAAUGGCAUAAAAGCUAUUAGUAGUAUUUGUAGAAACUUUAUCUUGUUUAGCUGGAUGUUCUCUGCCUCAAUAGUAAGUAGACACAUUUCCAAGCAAAGUGCUGGACUGAAAUUAUAUCCACAUUUUUUAUUUUAUGAGAAUGUUUGCCGAUGCCAGGGGCAUUCUUGUAAAUAAAGGUGAUUGUAAAACCUGGCAUUUAAAAGCAUUUUCCUUUUCUAUGUAUUUGUUUUUCUUUUUUAAAUUAAAAGAUUAAAUGAUAAGAUCAGGUUGAGCUAGAAGCUAUGCAGACCUCGAGAAAUGUGUCCUUGAACAUAUCUGUACUCAUAGCACGCUGCUUAUACGUAGAUUAAGAGCUAUUGCCUUUUUUUUUCUUACCAGAGCCUGUCAUUUAUAGACAGAAAUCCAACAAUGUAAUAUACCAUUUAAAAAGUUACAAUGGUGGGUUGCUAUACAUCUAGAACAUCUCCCACACUUUUGGACUAUUGUAACAAACUCUAUAUGAGUUGCCUUUGAAGAUUAAUCAGAUGUUUCAAAUGUCCAAAAUGUUGCAGCUGAAUGAAGCUAAAUCGAUGUUCCUAUAUAAAUAUCUCCAGGAUCUACAUUGGUUAAAAGUUAACUUCAAGAUACAAUUCAACAUGCUGGUUGCCACCUUUAAAGCCUACACACUUUAGGACUUGUGUACUGCAUUUACAAAACCAUCUAUUUUCAUUGGUUUCUACCUGUCCAAUAAAGAUCUAGAAGAAUGA